AUGCUAAAUAGAGUGUUGCAUAUUUAUUUUCAUAGAACGAAAUACCGCGUUUGGGAGGGAAGCGAUGCGUUUAAAGAAGGCCUUCCUAAGGAAUGGGACUGGAGAAAUGUUAGCGGUAUGAACUACUGCAGCCCGACAAGAAAUCAGCACAUUCCAGUAUACUGUGGAUCGUGCUGGGUUUUCGGAACUACAGGAACUUUGAAUGAUCGAUUCAAUAUUGCACGAAAUAAUAUGUGGCCAAUGACUAUGAUCUCCCCACAGGAGAUCAUCGAUUGCAACGGAAAAGGAAAUUGCCAGGGAGGCGAAGUCGGACAUGUGCUUGAAUAUGCCAAGACGCAUGGAUUAGUGGAGGAAGGAUGCAAUGUUUAUCGCGCCACAAAUGGAUACUGUGAUCCGUUCCACAGAUGUGGAACAUGUUGGCCAGAAAGCUGUUUUCCUGUCAAAAACUAUACCAGGUACUACAUUACGGAGUACGGACCGGUGUCCGGUCGUAAUAACAUGAAGGCGGAAAUCAGAAACGGUGGUCCGAUUACCUGCUCUAUGGGUUGCACUGCCGAGUUCGAUUACAAUUACACGGGGGGGAUUUAUUCACAGAAAAGUUCGUUAGAGUCAAAUCAUAUUGUAUCUGUUACUGGAUGGGGAUUGGACGAAAAUGGCGUCGAGUACUGGAUUGUGCGUAACAGCUGGGGUGAAGCAUGGGGAGAAAAAGGCUGGUUUCGAGUGGUGACUUCCGCAUACAAGAACGAUACAGGUAAAGACUACAAUAUGGGUAUUGAGAAAGAAUGCUACUACGCUGAUGUCGAUGUCAGUACUAUGGACAUUUCAAUCUAA